AUGACGCUUAAACUCAAGCCAGCCAACCAACCAACUCCUCCGCCCUUCUCUUGGGCAGCCUCGUCUCCGCUAUUGAGUCCAAAAGAAAUACCCACUUUGCCAUCGCCACCAACAUCAUGGCUCUCUGCACGCGACAUGAAGGUCUUUGGCGCUCAACCCCUCAACUCUGCAUCAGUCUUUGGCAUCUCGCGGUGUAAGGAUUGCGACAAGCCAAUCUUGAGGAGUUCCAUGUCUGAUCACGCCGAGAAAUGUGCCACUAUUCGCUCCGGUGGGAAGAAAGGUGCGAAAGCAAAGCUUGAGAUGGAGGAUCCGAAGAAAGGAUCAAAGAAACGCAAAGCUUCCACCGAACCUGACGAUCCCUCCCUUCCUGCCAAAAAGAAGACUAAACCCACAACAAAGGUUACGAAAGGUCGCUUGAAAGGGCCAGUCGAUUACGACAGGCAAUGCGGUGUUAUCAACGACAAAGGUCUACCAUGCUCUCGCUCUCUCACAUGCAAAUCCCAUGCCAUGGGCGCAAAGCGUUCCGUCCAGGGUCGUUCCCGCAACUUUGACGAACUGCUUCUCGACUGGCAACGGGCAAACAAACCCAACUUUGUCGAACCCGUAAAACGAGAAUCCAAAGCUGAGAAGAAAGAAAAGCGAGAGAAGGAAAGGUUGGAGAAGAAGCGAUUAGCUGGACAGGCUGCCAUCGCCCUUGGAUUAGAUCCACUUGGCGCCGCUGUGCUAAAGAAGUCGGGAGUGUCCUCAUCGAAAAAGGUUGGGAAAAAGGCUGCAGCCGCUGCAGCACGAUUGGCGACGGAGAUGGGCGUUGAAGUUCCAGAGGAUUUGGAUGAGCUCGACUCUGAGGCAGAGGUGGAUGAGCUCGUGAGGGUGGUCAGGGUUGCUCAGAGCAAUGGUGUCCUGGCAGUUCCUUUGGCAGUUCCAUGCGAUGCAGGGAGUUGGUUUGUUCAACGUCGAGAAAGGGCGAGGUGUUGUCGCGAUCUCUUUCUCAGUGCAUUGGGAAGUGGAGCAGUCCCAGCCAACAGGACGAAUAGCUUUUUUGGAUAA